AGAGAAUGUUUAAACAAAUAAGAUGAAAGAUAAGCCAUCUAACUAACCAUUGAAGCCUGAACUAUAAAUUUGUAAAAGAGAGACUCUUUUUCAACAUGGUGCAGAUGCCAAAGGAAAAAGACCAUUGAUGGUAGCGCAGCACUAGCAGGGCUUGCAGCAGCAGCAGCAGCAGAAUCAGAGGCAGCAUAGGACAGGGACUCUCUGUCCUUUGCUUACUUUAUAAAAAAGAAAUACCACUAAUUUGCCUCCAUAAAAUUGUAACGGAGAUUCAACAAUGCCACCAACAGCAAGAGUCUACUGCUUUGAUCUUCUUCUCCUCCCUUUCUUAUCGCUGCUCCUGUUAUCUUUGGUGGGCAAUGUACAUUCUGCUGUGACAUACGACCGCAAGGCAAUCAUCAUCAAUGGCCAGAGGAGAAUUCUCAUCUCUGGUUCCAUUCACUACCCCAGAAGUACUCCUGAGAUGUGGGCAGAUCUCAUUCAGAAGGCCAAAGAUGGAGGGGUGGACGUCAUACAGACCUAUGUGUUCUGGAACGGUCACGAGCCAUCUCCUGGAAAUUAUAACUUUGAGGGGAGGUACGAUCUUGUGCGGUUUAUUAAGACGGUGCAACAAGCUGGCCUUUACGUUCAUCUGCGGAUUGGACCUUACGUCUGUGCAGAGUGGAAUUUCGGGGGGUUUCCUGUUUGGCUGAAGUAUGUGCCUGGUAUUAGUUUCAGAACAGAUAAUGGACCAUUCAAGAAUGCGAUGCAGAGCUUCACCGAGAAAAUUGUGUCAAUGAUGAAAAGUGAAAACCUGUAUGAAUCCCAGGGAGGGCCAAUCAUACUGUCUCAGAUUGAGAAUGAGUACGGACCAGAGGGUAAGGCACUGGGUUCUCCGGGCUACAAAUAUAUGACUUGGGCUGCAAACAUGGCAGUGGAAUUGGGAACAGGUGUUCCAUGGGUGAUGUGUAAAGAAGAUGAUGCCCCUGACCCGGUGAUCAACACCUGCAAUGGAUUCUAUUGCGACUACUUUUCUCCAGACAAACCUUACAAGCCUACAAUGUGGACAGAGGCUUGGAGCGGCUGGUUUACAGAGUUUGGUGGUACACAUCGUGAAAGGCCAGUAGAGGAUCUUGCAUUUGCAGUUGCACGCUUUAUUCAGAAAGGUGGCUCAUUUGUUGACUAUUACAUGUAUCAUGGAGGAACCAAUUUUGGGAGAACUGCUGGAGGGCCUUUCAUCACGACGAGCUAUGAUUAUGAUGCCCCAAUCGAUGAAUAUGGCUUGAUCAGGCAACCAAAAUGGGGGCAUCUCAAGGAGUUGCACAAAGCUAUUAAACUAUCUGAGCCUGCUCUAGUUUCAGCUGAUCCAGUUGUAUCUUCAUUAGGAAAUUUCCAGCAGGCUUAUGUCUUCUCUUCAGAAUCAGGGGGAUGUGCGGCAUUCCUGACUAAUACAGAUUCGAAAAGCUCUGCAACUGUUUUUUUCAACAAUAUGCACUAUAGCCUGCCUCCUUGGUCAACCAGUAUCCUUCCUGAUUGUAAAAACGAAGUGUUUAACACAGCCAAAGUAGGAGUUCAAACAUCAAAAAUGCAAAUGUCAUCUGGUGGUAGCGAGUCAUUUAGUUGGGAGGCAUAUGAUGAAGAUCUCAACUCCCUGGAAGAGGAUUCAGUGAUAGCAGUUGGACUACUGGAGCAGAUAAAUGUUACCAGGGAUACCACUGAUUACCUGUGGUACAAGACAAGUGUCUUCAUUGAUCAUUCUGAAGCUUUUCUGACGAAUGGACAACUUCCGACUCUUUCUGUACAAUCAGCAGGGCAUGCUUUGCAUGUUUUUAUCAAUGGGCAGCUCCAAGGAACUGCGUACGGAAGUAGGGAAAAUCGUCAAUUCACUUUUACGGACAAAGUCAAUCUGCAGGCAGGUCAAAAUAGUAUUGCUCUCCUAAGUAUAGCUGUUGGUUUGCCGAAUGUUGGCGUGCAUUAUGAGACAUGGAAUACUGGUGUGCUUGGUCCAGUUGUUCUCAAAGGCCUUAAUAAAGGUGACUGGGAUCUGACCUGGCAGAAAUGGUCAUACAAGGUUGGUAUGAAGGGGGAAUCUUUGAAUCUGCAUUCUGUGGAAGGAAUUUCUUCAGUGGAAUGGGCACAAGGGUCAUUAGUUGCAAGGAAAGGCCAACCACUAACUUGGUAUAAGGCAUAUUUCAAUGCUCCUGCUGGUGAGGAUCCAUUGGCUCUAGAUAUGGGCAGCAUGGGUAAGGGUCAAGUAUGGGUAAAUGGACAAAGCAUUGGAAGAUACUGGCCAGCAUAUCUUGCAAGUGGCAGCUGUGGACAGUGCAGCUACAGUGGCACAUACAGACAGCAAAAAUGCCAGAGUGGUUGUGGAUUGCCAACUCAACGCUGGUAUCAUGUGCCGCGUUCGUGGGUACGCCCGACUGGAAAUCUUCUGGUAGUAUUUGAGGAGAUUGGAGGUGAUGCAUCUGGAAUAUCUCUUGCCACAAGAUCAAUAGGAAGCGUCUGUGCUGAUGUCUCAGAGCAUCAUCCCAACAUAAAGAACUGGAACAUUGAGAGCAAUGACGGCUCAGACGCACUGCAGAAGCCUAAAAUACAUCUGCACUGCACAGAAGGACAAUCAAUCACAUCCAUAAAAUUUGCAAGCUUUGGAACACCAACCGGUACAUGCGGUAGCUUCAUGCAGGGAGCUUGCCAUGCUCCAAUGUCCCACUCAAUUAUUCAACAGAACUGCAUUGGACAGCAAAAAUGCUCGGUGGCCGUCUCUGCAAAUGUUUUUGGUGGUGAUCCAUGUCCCCGUAUCCUGAAAAAAGUAGCUGUCGAAGCCAUAUGUUCUUAGUACGAACAGAAUUUGUCAAGGCAUAUAUCGGAUGGUUGCUUCAUUGUACACUAGAAAAUGGGAAGGCAAUAAACACAGUAGCAUAUGACCAAGAAGGCAAAUUUGAUGUAAAUGUAGAUUGUAAGUUGUCCUGUCAUUUCAUGUAAUUCUUAUGAGGUGUAUUACGCCUCCUCAUUUGCAUUGGAUGUCAGGUUUCAACUC